CGCACCGACUCCUACAGUCACAGUCCCCCAUAAAUCUCUCCAGAAUCUGUGUGACAAAACGCAUCAGUUUCAACUCGAUCAAUGGAAAAAGCAUUUCGAUUGGCAAUUCUCGCUGUUCUAGCUCUGAUUUUCGUUUCUUCACCAUUUGCAAAUGCAUCAGAGUCUCCAUUUAUAGUGGCGCACAAAAGAGUCGCUCUCAAAAAGAUCAAUUCUGGCAUCGAACGGAUCUCCGUCUCCAUUGACGUUUACAACCGUGGAUCCGCCACUGCAUAUGAUGUAACUCUUGCUGAUGAUAGUUGGGCUCAAGAUGUAUUUGAUUCUGUGAUUGGCAACACAUCUAAAUCAUGGGAAAGACUUGACGCUGGUUCCCUUGUUUCCCAUUCAUUUGAGUUGGAGUCUAAUGUGAAAACCAUUUACUAUGGUGCACCUGCAUUGGUCACUUAUCGGGUCCUCACAAAAUCUAGGCUACAGGAAGCAUAUUCAACCCCUAUAUUACCGCUGAAAAUUCUCUCAGACACUGAAUCUGGGAAAAUGACAGAGAAGCUAAAGAAGCUGCUGGUGAAUUAUGGUUCUCAUAUUUCGGCGCUUCUCAUUGUCAUUCUGUUUAUGCACAUGGUCUUUAACCCGUCGAAGCAAAGUGGAAACAAGAAAAGACAUUGAAAAUGCAAGUGUCACAAAGCAUGCUAAGCUCUUGGUUAGUUUAACUUUGUUACUCAUGCCUUGAGCUUUUAUACUCUUUAGGAUACAAAUUUUGAAAGGGUUUAAGAGCAAAUGUGGUUGAGUUUGUGUAGUUUCCGAAAACGAUCAUAAAGGUGUUUUGAUAAUUUUGGUUGACUAAAUGAUGCAAGUUCUUGUAAUCCUUGAUGGGUUAUUUGCAGUGGAAAGCAAUCAACUUUCACCCAA